UUUCAGUUGCGGUUGUCUCGUGGAACGGUCCGGUUGCAGUAAAUUAAGUUAAGUAGCAGUGAAACAAAGAAAAGUGAAUGUUAAAAGCCCAAAUUGGCACUUUUAGUGAAUUUUUUUCGAAGAAAUGUAUACUUUGAAUGAUUGAAAUUGUUGGAAAACAUUCUCAUGUACCCUAGUAAACUGUUAUACGAAUGGUUGCCUAGCGCGAAGAAAAGCAAUGUUAAUAACAUAAACUUCUAAAAACUUUUCAUAUAAUUUAAUUAAUGUGUGCUAAAUCUACCAAAAACUAGUGAUAUCUGAAUUUUCUUCAAGGAGAAACCCAUUUCCUUAUAAAACGCGAAGAAAUAUUUUAAAAUUUACUCCGUCGGAAAACUCGUCAAGCGCUACAUCGGACAAGCAAAAAUCAAUAACAUUAAUAGGAUUUACACCUGUGCAGUCAUUGAAAUCCAAUCAAAUGCGAUCGAUAAAUAGUGGUUUCACGAACGUUGUAAUCUUGUCUAGUAGUCUGAACGGACCAGGAAGUGUAUGCAUGUAUGCGGGAGACGCCGCACGUUCCGAAGUCCAUAUAUGAGGAAAGCACAAUAAGUGGGUCGGCUGACCUAUGUUGUAACAAUAGUGAAUGUUCGUAAUGCGCGUUACACGUCACCGUGGUAGUGCUCCUGUGGAUUACAGUUGUUAGGAUAACAUCUGAUUGGAACUUGAAUGCAGAUUUCGAGAAAAUAGAAAUAAGCAAAGCUACCUACACUGCACUUAACUCGUCAAGCUUGGCCAAUUAUUUGCUGCAUGGAGCAACUCUCUUGGUGCGACAGCUCUGCCAAUUAAGAUGCCCCACUUGAAAAUUGACACUCUUCCCGAUCCGGGAAAUCGGUACCGGAUCGGUGAAGUUAUUGGGAGUGGAGUUUGCGGAAAGGUGUACAAGGCCGUCGACACAAAUGCGAGUAAUAAGAUUGUGGCCGUCAAGAUACAGCGGUACGAGGGAGAGAUGAAAACAGCCAUCCAGGAAGAGUACCGAGUUCUGCGAGACUAUUCAAAAUAUGGAAAUCUUCUGGACUUUUAUGGAGUUUACCGGAAGAAGAUUCCUGGCGAAGUAGAUGAGAUUUGGUUCAUCCUGGAGUACUGUGAGCACGGUCCAGUUGUGGAUGUGAUUAAUAAGAUUCACUCAACAAAUCGGCGCAUCAACGAGGAUCAGCUUGCAUAUAUAAUUCGUGAAACGGCGAAAGCGUUGGUUUAUCUACACGAGCAUCAUGUCAUUCAUCGAGAUGUUCGUGGUCAUAACAUCCUGUUGAACAAGGAGGGUGAGGUGAAGCUCUGUGACUUUGGAAUCGCUCGGGAUGUUAAGUCAACGCUGGGAAAACGAGGAACCUGUAUCGGAUCGCCCUGCUGGAUGGCCCCGGAAAUAAUUACCAGUUCCAAGAAUGAUGACGAAGUCUAUGAUACCAGAUCCGAUGUGUGGGCACUUGGAAUCACUGCAAUUGAGCUGGGCGACGGAAAACCCCCGUUUGCAGAUAUGCAUCCGACGAGGACAAUGUUUCAAAUAGUGCGCAAUCCACCACCGACGUUAUAUCGACCGGCUAAUUGGACUCAGAACUUUAAUGACUUCAUUGCUGAAUGUUUGGAGAAAAACGCCGACCAUCGUCCGUUCAUGAUGGAGAUGAUUGAGCAUCCGUUUCUAACUGGGCUACCGGAAAAUGAUUACCACAUAAGUCAAGAACUGAAGAUGCUUGCCGAGUCAGUCGCAAAUGUAAAACUUCCUGAGAAAGACGAUGUGAAAGUAGUUAAAGGGGCUCUUCAAAAACCCGAGAACAAAAUCGAAAAGAUGUACGUCGAAGAUUUGGCUGCCCUGGAAAGUCUCACUGAAGACGCGAUUCUCGAUGAGUUGACCCACCGUUAUAAGAAGGGAACCAACUAUACGUUUGUAGGUGAUGUGCUGAUCUCGAUGAACACGAACGAACCAAUGCCGGAGUAUGAUCGAGCGUUCCACACCAAGUACCUAUUCAAGUCUCGCUCGGACAACGCUCCGCACAUAUUCGCCAUCGUGGACAGUGCCUACCAGGACAUGUUGCACCACGAGGAACCUCAGCACAUCAUCAUGUCCGGUGAAAGCUACUCGGGGAAAACCACUAACGUAAAAUUGAGCAUGAAACACCUCGCCGUACUGGGGGAAGGUAACCCCGGGGUAUACAACCGAAUCGAAUCCGGAUACAAAGUUAUUUCAGCCAUGAUCAACGCUGGUAGUCCACUGAAUCCGGAUUCAACUAGAAGCAUCGUGCAGGUUCAGAUGACGUUCGGUACAACCGGGAAACUAUCCGGCGCUAUAUUUGUAGUUUAUCUGUUAGAAAAGCUUCGCAUUUCCUCGACCAACAUGAACCUAUCAAAUUUUCAUAUCUUCUACUACUUCUACGACGCGAUGGAAGCAGGCGGGCGAUUGGGUCAGUUUUCGCUGAAAAGGGGAAGACACUACCGUUACCUGCGCAUUCCGGAGUCGAGCAAUGGAUCGAAGCUUAAGUACUGCCGUGAUAAUGUGAAAGACAACAUUCAGGCGUUUAAAGAUUUCGAACAGUUGUUGAUUUCGCUCGAGUUUUCGCCAGAAUCGCUCGAAAUCAUGUACCGAACACUGGCAGCUAUUCUACUCCUGGGAGAGGUUCGGUUUCGGGAUAAAGGAAAUGUUACCGAGCUGGAGAACUUCGAUAUGCCCGGCAAAGUUGCUGCUUUGCUGAAGUUGGACGAGAAGAAGUUUCAGUGGGCACUGUUGAAUUAUUGUGUCAUUAUCAAGGGAGCCGCCCAGAAAAGGCGUCAAACUCCGGAUGAGGCCAGAGAUGCUAGGGAUGUGCUGGCUGCCACCAUCUACAAUCGGCUGGUCGAUUGGUUGAUUAACACUGUCAAUCAGAAGCUGUCGUUUGGAAGGGCGAUUUAUGGCGACCAACACUCAACAACCAUCACGGACCACUUCGGCUUCGAGUGCCUCCUUCGAAACCACCUCGAUCAACUAGUUGUGAAUUCAUUAAACGAACAAAUGCAGUAUCUCUACAACCAACGCAUCUUCGUCUACGAAAUGAUUGAACAGGAAGAGGAGCAAGUUCCGGUAGUGCAGCUACACUUCUACGACAAUAAACUGGCCGUCGAUCAUCUGCUGAGCAAACCCAGUGGCCUUUUCUGCUUCAUAGACGACGCGAGCCGCGGUCGACACAGUCAAAGCUUUGUCAUCGAAUCAAUCAACAAUAAUAAUAGCCCAUUCAUAAAGCGUGCUAGCGGUCACGAGUUUACGGUAGCUCACUACACUGGCCGGAUCACGUAUGACGCCAGAGAUGUUGCUGACAAAAAUCGGGAUUUUAUUCCACCGGAAAUGAUCGAAACGUUGAGAGAUUCGCGCGAACCCAUGAUUAAGAUGAUGUUCUCGAACCAGUUGACUAAAACCGGUAAUUUGACCAUGGCUUGUGAAGAAGCUUCCGGGGUCAAGAAGGUUGAACCGAGCAAAAAGAAACGGUGGGGAGCUGCAUUGGUAGCAGAGAAAGGCAAAUCUAAGAAGAUGAUGAAUACCUUGUCGAAGGGUAUGUAUUCGCAGAUACACAAGAUGCGUACUAUUGCUAACGUGUUUCGAGCCACUAGCCUUGAGUUGAUCCGGACUCUAGCCGUUGGACCAAACAGUGGAGGUACCCACUUUGUUCGCUGCAUUCGAUCAGAUCUAGAGUAUCAGCCAAACGGCUUGAAUAAAGAGAUGGUACGCCAACAAAUUCGAGCGAUGUCGAUCCUCGAUACGGCAAGAGCACGACAGAAAGGAUUCUCUCAUCGGAUUCCUUUUCAAGAGUUUAUGAGAAGAUAUCAAUUUCUUGCGUUCGAGUUUGAUGAAAAUGUUGAACUUACAAGAGAUAACUGUCGACUGUUGCUGGUUCGACUGAAGCUAGAAGGAUGGGUCAUCGGGAGAACCAAGGUGUUUCUGAAGUAUUACAAUGUGGAAUACUUGUCGCGAUUGUAUGAAACGCAGGUCAAGAAAAUCAUCAAGGUACAAGCGAUGAUGCGGGCGUUCCUUGCCAAACGAAACAUUGCAUCCAAGUUGAAGGGUCUUCAUCGAGAGUCUGUACGCAAGCUACAAACCGCUAAGAACCCUGACCAAGCUGCCACCAAAAUUCAGACGGCAUUCCGCGGACACUUAGCUCGUAGAAAAUACGGCCCUUUAAUUAACGAACGAACCGGCAGCCUCGAUGGGGAAACAGCCAAGUUUCUAAAAUCGUACGUUUAUCGUUGGCGAAAAAAAUCAAUGUACCAAGUUCUACUGCUAUACCGUGCGGCCCGGUAUCAAGACCUAGUCAACUUUUCACAACAGGUUCACAUAUUUAAUCAACGCUUCAUGGCAGGAACAGCAACCUGUAGCAACUGCAUUAUGAUGGAUAGAAUUGAUGGGAACCAACGGAAACGAGCCCUGCUGGGACCACAACGUCCUUCGGUUUGGAAAUUGCCUUUCAGGAUGGACGAUAUUCCGUUCUUCGAUACAACGUACAUGUGUGAUCCUACGGUAGGGUCCAGCUUGUACACCGGUAACACUUCGGACUCGGAAGAUUGGGAUGCUCCCUUGAGAAGGCGAAAAAAUCUAUCCUCGGAGAUUACACGGUCUACACAGCGGGGUGCUCCGAGACAAUCCAUGGAACACUCUUUGGCCAAUGAACCAUUCCAUCGAGAUGCUACUUUACCAAUCAAAAGAAUUUCGCCCGGUCAUAACAGCGACUUUCAAGUACGGAGAAUAUCUCCCGGUCAUAACGACGACUAUCAACCACGGAGGUUCGCAACUCCAUCGCCCACCAACAUGUCUUCAAUCUAUUCGCCGGUACCGUAUGGUCGACAGAGUAGCAACGGUGCACGAAAUCAGUUCAGUUCUCCAGGUUCGUAUGGUUCCAUUUCGAAAACAGGAGCCUACAAGAAGCGACCAGCACCGGUGAUCCCGUCUAUGUUAUCGUCCUCAGCGAAUGACGGAGAAAAAACCUACAAGAAACGUCCAGCUCCGCAGCCGGUAAAAUCAUGGGAACCGAGACAGAAUUCCGACUACAACUACGAAAGCAAAAUUAAUCCCAUCCGAGAGUUAGAAUCACUCGGACGUAAGAACAAUUCGGAUGAGCGAGACAACUCCGAUGACGAUCCGCCGUUCAACUUUCAGAGCAUGUUACGUAAGACGAACUAUAACAGGGCUUCGAUGAAACGCGCAAGCUACGAUAACCGUAUGUCCUUGUCCAACAUUGAUUUCGACGAUGGUAACAACAACUUCGGAAAGGACCGCAUGGAUGGGAACGUUAUCUAUCAGAGCAGAGUGAACGAAAAACGUUCAAUAUCGACUCCGAGCUUAGCGCACGAGAGCAGAGCUAGCACGUCUAUGCUUGACGAUCCCCAGCCUGGACCUUCGCGUAGCCGUUCGUCGACAUCCUUCGAUGAGAACAAGAACAACUACAUACAGGAGGAGAUUCUUCCGGGAGUCAUCGUGGAGGGGUACACCGCUGAAUUUUGAGGGAUUUCGAGGGUGAAGCUAGAAGCAUUUUUGAUUGAGACUUAUCUGUAGUUUGUAAUUGUUUCGCAAGAUUAAAGCUCCUGUUUGUUUCGCCAAA